AAACAGUACCGGCCGAAUCCACUACAAGUAUGAAUAUUAGUGAGAACUUUUUGGACAUUCUACAAUUGUCGUUUGAAAUAAAGUACAUAGAUGAAGACACUGGACUUGCUAAGAAAAAAGACAAAUUAAAAGUGUCAGAGGAGAAAAUGAAUGUAUUAUAUCAUAAUGUAGUCGAUGUUUUAACGGACCAAAAAUUUGAUGAUAUUGUUGCUUUAUCGACAGCUCAUUGCAACAUUGGCUUAGAAUAUGUUACUUCCACGGAUACUGACGAUUUAAAUACUGCUGUACGUUAUCUUUCAAGAUGUUUGGAACUGUUAAAAGGCAAAACGUUAGACCGUAAAGCUAUAUUGACAUCUAUAGGUGCACUUAACGGAUUAAAUUCAGUUUGUGAGAAACUUGAGACAGAAAAAGAUAAUGAACACUUGAAUACAGCAUUGUCGCUAUACUACAAAUACACACGAGAGGAUAAUUAUCCCGAUCCCAUCCACAUAGAAAGUCUUGUUGGUAUUAAAGGAAAAGAAUUGAAUCCUAGGAUUAUCUUGAACAAUUUGCAUCAUACAACUUUACAGGAGUUAGAACGUCAAUAUCUUAAAAGGUCUAAAGAUAAGCACGAAUUUGUAAAAUACUUUCUAGCAAACGGUCGUUUCGCUGAAGCUAAAAAUCACAUUGCUAUUGGAGAUUAUGUAAUACACAGAUUUGAUAAAGAUAUUAGAUCGGAAGAGAAAGAAGCACCUCUUGAUUCGAAUAAAAGUUAUAAUAAUGCCUUAGCCGUUUUCAAGAACAAAGGGAUGAACAAAUAA